AUGCCAAAACAAUUAAGAAGUUUAUUUGUAAGAAUUUUAAUGUAUUGUAAUCCGUUAGAACCAAACCAACUAUGGGAAGAUUUUAAAGAUUGUAUGUCAGAAGAUUUUUCUCGCCGUCAUUCUAAAGAAGAUGCGUAUUUCAAAGCACUUAUUGAUAUUCAAUCUAUACUUCAAUGUGAAGAUUAUUUGAAUAUUGGUCAUCAGCGGAUGAACAAAUUAAACGAGAAGCAAAAAAUAAUAGCUAACAAAGUUUUGAAUGCAGUAAUGAACGGAAACUGUGAUAAUUUAACAGAAAAUGAUACUUGCUUUUUUAUUGAUGGGCCAGGAGGUUCAGGUAAAACGUUUGUAUAUGAAACCCUCUGGUAUAUUCUUAACGGUAAUAAUAAAAAUGUCUGUAUGAUGGCUUUUACGGGCAUUGCAGCUACGUUACUUCCCAAAGAAUUAAAAGAAGCUGCUUAUUUAAAAUCUAUAGAUGUUUUUAUUUGGGAUGAAGCACCUAUGGCUCCAAGGUAUGCUAUUGAAAUUAUGGACAGAUGUUUACGGGACAUUAUGAACAAUGAUAAAUUAUUUGGUGGAAAAAUUAUUGUCUUAGGUGGCGACUUCAGACGGUUACUUCCUAUUAAAGUUCAUGGAACUCAUAGUGAAACAAUUGAUUUAUCUAUCAACCGCAGUUUAAAUUGGAAUAAAUUUGUCAAAUUUUCUUUAACACAAAACAUGAGAGCACUACCUCAAGAAAUCCAAUUUGCAAAAUUUUUACUCAAUGUUGGAGAUGGAAAAUUAAAUGAUUCUGAUGAUGUAUUAAAUAUUGAUUAUUUUCCUCCUAAUUGUAUUAUUCCACCUGAAGUAGACAUAGUAGAUGAUAUUUAUGGCAAUAUUUUUGCAAAGAAGGAGUAUCGAAAAUCUAUUAAUUAUGCAAUUUUAUCUAGAAGACAAUUCCCAAUCAAAAUAGCUUUUACAAUGACAAUUAACAAAGCUCAAGGUCAAACCUUUGAAAAAAUUGGAAUAGAUUUGAGAAGAGAAGUUUUUAACCAUGGGCAAUUAUAUGUUGCUUUAUCUAGAAUAUUUAUGCUACAAGAAAAACACCCAAUCUAA